AUGAAUUAAGUAUAAAACCAAAAUUAUUUUAAUGCUGAUUAUUGGAUCAAAAUAUUUGAUAUUUUUAGGAGAAGACUUAAAAACUCAUCAAAUAUUCUGUUUUGAUUUAUUAAGGUUAAAGGGAUGGAUUGAAUUGUAAUUAAUUUUGGAAUAAUGUGGAUGGUAAAGGGAACUUACUGAUGGUAUUUAGAUCCAAAAGCAAUCAUAUUUUCUAAGCAUACUCUCCAUGUGUAUGGAAAUUAUGUGAUCAUGGAACAUAUGGAGAAGAUAUUACAAUUUCAUUGUUUGUAAUUUCAUAAACUCAUAAUUUCAUUUAUCCUUUGAAGUAGGAAUAUAAAUCAUAUGCUAUCCAUUGUAAUAAGAAUUGGGGACCUAUAUUUGGAUGCGAUUUCGAUCUUUUAAUAAAUGGUGAUUUUACUACUGGCUUUUCUAUAUUUGGAAGAGCAUAUGAAUUUGAUCAAUAUAAGUAUGGAAAGGAUGACCCAUAUUUAUAUGGAUAAAACAGCUAAGAAAUAAAUGAAUGCGAGAUUUAUGAAUUAUAAUUUGUUUUGAUUGACAUAUUUAUGAAAAAAAAUAGUUAAAAACCUAUUUUUGAAUUUAGGAUGUUAAAUAAAAAGAAACUCAAUUUAAAAAUAAUUUUUAAAAUGAAUUUAUUAGUAAGAGAAACUUUAUACUUUCUCUUUAGUUGA